CGGAGCUCCAGAGAAUCCCCGUCCCUGCUGCCUGCCUGCCUACCUCGGCGGGGGUCUCCAUCCCUCCCUCCCGCAUGCCUUUCCCCACAGAGGGGAGGCCUGGGCGGCAUGGCCUUGGCCCUCCGAGGCGCCCUGUGGCUCCUGCUGCUCGCCCUGCGCCGAGAGGCCCUCGCAGCAUCAUUUUAUGGUGAAAGCUAUGUGCAGCUAAAUGUUGCUGAAUCCUCCUCAACAACAGCACUGAAAUUACGUUUUCUCACCAGUAAGCCAGAUGGAUUGCUUUUUCUGGCUGCAGGAAAAGAAGUUUUUUUUCUGGCGGAACUACGUUCUGGAAAUGUACAGGUCAGAAUCAAUGUUGGAGCAAACGAGCAUGUUCUCAUUCCCAAAUGGAGUCCUCAAAUGAAUGAUUUAGCGUGGCAUCUUGUAGAAGUGCAAUCUGAAGGAGAUACAAUCUUGCUAGUUAUCGACAAAAAGUAUCAAGCUAGCACAAAAUUGCCAGGAACUUUGCCUGAACUACACUUUGAACAUGGUCUCUAUGUUGGUGGAAAUGGAAACCUUGAUAUCCCUUACUUUGAUGGUGCUCAAGCUAAUUUUAGGGGAUGUAUUAAUGAUGUGAUAUUUAACAGCCAUGACAUCCUAAUAUCUCUGAGACCUUCUCCUAAAUUUAAAAAAAUUCAUGAAGUGUCAUUGAGCUGCAGCGAUGAAUUUUUUGCAAGUGAAGAGGAACCGAUUAGUUUCUUUAGCUCAAAGUCAUAUGUUUCCUUUCCUUUGUGGGAUGUCCAGGCAGGAGGAGUCCUGGAGUGUAUGGUGCAAACCACAGCUCAGAGGGGCUUGUUGUUCUACAGUUCUGGUCCAGGGGGAGACUUUGUUGCAAUGGAAAUUGAAAACGGACUAAUUAAAAUUCAUAUAGCAAAGGGGAAGGACAGAAUUCAGUUUUCUUCUCUUAGCCCAGUCAACGAUAACCACUGGCACUCAGUCAAACUAAAAAUUUCUGCAAAAUAUAUUGAGCUUACACUAGAAAAGGAAACAGUUAAAAGACCUUUGCCCUCACAGAGUAAACUUCCAGUUCUGAAGGAGGCUUUUUAUAUAGGUGGAAUAAAUGAUGUUGUCCGGGCAGAAGUGCUGAAACUGGGACUAGCCUCAGUUUCUGGGAGAUAUGCUCAAGGAGGAUCAUUCAGAGGUUGCUUGAAAGAUUUGAAAAUUGAUUCACAAAGGAAGUCGUUGAAGAAUGUUCUUGUUACUAAGGAUAUUUCAGUUGGAUGCAAAAGAGAAGGUGACUUUACUACAAAUCCUAUUGUCGCACCUGUUGGAACAGCAGCUCCUGUUCCCGCCAUUGUCUCUGCAGUUUCCAAAUUCCACAAGAAAGAGAAUCAUGAGCAUUUUUUGAUUGUCAACAACUUGAUUGUUCCUGAAGGUGGGCAAGCAGCUCUUGACUCUAAGCACAUUAAAAUCAAUCUGGUAUUCAAGAAACUAGGCAUUCGCCAGUCACAAAUUGUUUUUAAAAUUAAAAAUCAACCUUCCCAUGGCCACUUGAGGUUGGAUGUCGAACCAGAGCAGGAGGAGUCCACGUUUACCAUGCUAGACUUGUGGCAAGGCAGAGUCCUGUAUGUCCACGAUGGCUCAGAGGAAAGCUAUGAUUAUUUCACCUUUUCUAUUUCUACAAGCAGCAAAAAAGAGAUGCCACCAUAUUUAAAAGGAAACAAGGAUUACAUGUUUACCAUUACAGUAAAACCAAUAAAUGAUGCUCCUGUACUUAUAGUCCCAAAUGGGAAUUUGUUAUUUCUUUUAGAAUACUCCAAGAAACGCUUGACUGUAGACACAAUAGCUGUUUUAGACAGUGACUCAAGUGCAGCAGAUCUUAGUAUUACGGUCCUUGGAAAUUUGAAUGCAGAUGCAGGAUUUCUAGAAAAUUCCAAAAAUCCUGGAAGUGCUAUUACUGAUUUUUCUUACAGUGACUUACAAGAUGGCAAUAUUUUCUUUGUCCAUACAGAGGUUAAGAAUUCCAGAAUUGUUCUACGAGCAAGCGAUGGGGAGAAAGUUAGCAAUACAGUUGUGUUGCGGGUUGUAGCUAUAGCCUUGGAUUAUAACUUAGUUAACAACACAGGAGUUGAGGUGCUUCAAGGAAAUGUGGCCCUGAUCAGUCUCAAUCAUUUGGCCACUGAGAUAAACGUUGUCCAACAAGAGUUGGAGAUAAAAUAUGAAAUCACAGAGCAACCCUGCUUUGGAGAAAUCCAGAGGCGCCAUAAUGGUGGGGAAUGGAAGAAGACAAACUCUUUUUCUCAACGCUCAAUUGAACAUGGCCGAGUAAGAUAUGCUUCUACCUUCAAAGCCAUGCAGCUGGAUAAUGUCCUUGAGCACUUUAAAUUUAAAGUUAGCAUUGGCAGCACAAUAAGUGAAGAGUUUGUGUUUCCUAUCACUGUGAAAUGGCUGAGGUAUAACUUCUUGAGACAUGUACCAUUAGAAAUUGAUAAAUUAGAACGAAAAUACCUGAACUCCAGUCAUCUUCUUACUGUGAUAUCAGAUGUUGAAGUACCACAAAGUGAAUUGUAUUAUAAGUUACAGUCCUUGCCUGAGAAAGGAAACAUUCUCCUUAAUAAUGUCCCUUUAGAAAUAAAUUCAAGCUUUAGCCAGCAAAACAUUUCUGACAAUAAAGUAGAAUAUCACUUGAUCAGUAGACCUCAUGGAGAAACCCAGGAUUCAUUUCAGUUUCUAAUUUUUACAAAAUAUAUGGUCUCAGAUAGCUAUGAUUUCAAAAUUAAUGUUAAAACAGAUCCAUGGAGCAUUCUGUUGACAAACACUGGUCUCACUAUUAUUGAGGGUGAAGGAAAACUGAUAACAGAAUUGGAAUUAUUUGCACGAACUAUUGAUAAUAAGACUUUCCAGUAUAAAGUUACAAGAAGUCCUUCCCAUGGAAAGUUGUCACUUAUUAAUUUUUCUGAUUCUCCAGAAAGUAACAAUAAUCUUACUAGUUUCACAAACCAGGAUAUAAUUGAUAAGCGUCUUAUGUAUGUGCAUGAUGACUCUGAGACACAGUGUGAUGAAAUUGGUAUCACAGCUACUGCCAUACAAUCUGGGGAAUGGGUAAGCUCUGCCAUAGGAACACAACCAUCUUUAUCAGCAGAGAUCACAUUUAACAUUUCUAUCCAACUGAAAAAUGAUGAGAAACCAGUACGUGUAGUAGAUAAGGUGUUUCAUGUUGUUAAGAAUGAAAGGAAAUUGUUGACAUUGGCUGAUCUCUGUUACCAUGACCCUGAUAUUGAUUUUGAUGAUAUGCAAUUGUUGUAUACUAGGCGUGGCAUUCCAAAUGGAGACUUGGUUCUUGUCAAUGAAACCUCUCACAGACUGUAUCAGUUCAAACAAGAAGACCUGGCACAAAAGCGAGUCCUGUUUGUACAUCGUGGAGCAAACUAUGGACGCUUUGUGCUUUUUGUCACUGAUGGGAAGCACUAUACCUCAUCAUUGUUGGAAAUAAGUGCUUCCGACCCUUACAUCCAUCUAGGAAACAAAACAGGAUUAUUGAUUCAGAAAGGAAGAGUGGGAACAAUCACUACAGCUAACUUGAGUGCUAUCACAAACCAAGACAUUAGAAGUGAUCAUGAAAUUGCAUUCAAGAUUACUUCAUCUCCAAAGUAUGGACAAGUCUUUGUAAAUAAUUUAACACUGAGCAAAUUCACUCUGCAUGAUCUCAAAGUCGGACACGUGACUUACAGGCAUGAUGAUAGUAACCAUUUGGCUGACAUGUUUAAUUUUACCGUUUAUGCUAAAGGAGUCCAGCUGGAUGCUGUAGUGAAUGUUCGUAUAUUCUUGGAAAGUCAUCAGCGUCCACCAGUGAUUGUACAUAAUGGCAGCCUGUUGGUUGAAGAAGGAAAACCAGUUAAAAUCAGUAAAGGAAAAUUGCUGGUUGUACAUGAAAACAGUUUGCCAUCAGAGAUAGAGUUCAAAGUAACGUCACCUCCACUUUAUGGGUAUCUUCGAAGGUUUACAUCAGAGGAAGCCUACUUCGAACCAGAAGAUAAUCCAGUUUUGUCCUUUACCCAGCAAGAUAUCAAUGAUGGUAACAUCCAGUAUGUGCAGACCUCUUCUGAUCAACAUCAAGACCAGUUUUCCUUGGAUGUGACCAACGGCAUCCAGGCACUCAGUGGGAUAAAAAUCAUGGUAGACAUUAUCCCAAAGCUCAUCCCAUUAGAAGUGUGUAACUUCACAGUUGCUGAAGGGGGAUCGAUAACUCUGGAGGAAACGUUUCUUAAAAUUGCUAGUAGCCAUUUUGAGAAGCUGAAUUGUGAAUUCAGUUUAAUCGAGGGACCAAAAUAUGGGCACAUUUCAAUCUCUCACUUUCCUGGAGUGGCAUUAACUAAAUUUACAAGGAAACAGGUGGAACAAGGAUUAAUCUUAUAUAUCCAUGAUAAUAGUGAACAACAUUUUGACAGUUUUACCAUCUUAGCAAAUUGCACAGAACUGUGGAAGCAAAGCCUGCCUCGAAAGAUAUAUGUGGCUGUUACACUAGUAAAUGAUGAAGCUCCAAUUAUAAAGAGAAACAAUAUACUUCGGGUCUGGGUGGGUUCGGUGACCGAGAUAACAAUGAACGAUCUCUGCGCAGAAGAUAAAGAUUCACUUUCUACAGAACUUGUGUAUUCAGUUUCUCCUCCAAACAAUGGCCACUUGGCUCUCAAGUCUUCGCCAAACAAAAGUAUCCUUAAUUUUACUCAAGCUCACAUUGAGGAAGGACAAUUAGUGUUUGUUCAUAGGGGUGCUAUGUCUGGAGGCUUUAAUUUUCAGGUUACAGAUGGUCUGAACUUUUCACCUCGGCAAAUAUUUAGCAUCACAGCCCAAACUUUGGUCAUUCGACUAGAAAAUAACAAUGGAUUGGCAGUUUUCCCAGGUUCCAGGAAAACAAUUACAACUCACAGCCUGAAAGCUGUCACCAAUGAUGUGGCUGAGGCAAAAAACAGAACAAUAUUUUUCACUGUUACAAAUCCCCCCCAAAAGGGAAGACUCAUCAGCAUGUACUCUGGUAACAGCACACAAGAUAUUUCAAGUUUUACACAACUGAUGGUGGAUAAAGGGAUAGUCAUCUAUGAACAUGCAAAUAAGGAAGCAGUUGAUUGGGAUGCCCAAGAUUAUUUUACCUUUACCAUCUCCUCCCCACCAGCUGUCCUGGGUCCUCAAGUAUUUCACAUCAAUAUAUCUUAUCAAGGACAUGGCCAAAAUAGCCAGCUAUUGGCAAACACAGGUGCUGUUGUACAGGAGGGAGGCCAGGUUACAAUUGACAAAACUAACCUGGAUGGUUCAAACCUGCUCUACAAAUUACCUGAGGCCCAGCGUUCCAUGUUUGAAGUAUGGUAUGAAGUUGUCAUAUUGCCUCAACAUGGGAGAAUUGUUGUGGGAGAAAGAAACAUUUCAAGGGAAAAGCCUAAUUUCUCCCAGUACAUUGUUAACAAAUUUGGAAUCACCUAUGUGCAUGAUGAUUCCGAAUCACUCAGCGACCAGUUCUUAUUUGCUGUGUGGCUAAAUCAGAAGGGCAGAUCCACAGCAAAAACAGAUUCUGGUGUUUUAGAAGAGUUAUUUAAUAUCACUGUUGUGCCAGUGAAUGACCAAGUACCAGAACUGAAGACAAAAAGACUUCAUUUGAAUGUUCUACAAGGGGAUACAGCAGUUCUAGGACCAGAAAACCUGAAAGUGGAAGACUUAGAUAACACACCAGAAGAGAUCAAAUAUACUAUCAUAAGUAAUCCCCAAAAUGGUUAUUUAGCAUUCUGGAAUCAUCUCAGUGAAUCCAUCAAAGAAUUCACACAAGCAGAUGUUGAUGGCAGCAAAGUUUUGUUUGUUCAAGAUGGAAGUUCUUCAUCUGGAGCUUUUUACUUUAGUGUAACAGAUGGAAAACAUCGUCCACUGUACAAACUCUUUAGUGUUGAAGUGACUCCCAUGUCAGUCACCUUGGUCAAUCUAAUGGAGGUGGUCCUUACACAGGGACAAAACACUGUUACAAUUACAAACCUACAACUUUCAGGAGCAACAAAUGGGAAAAAUACUGAGAUCAUGUAUGAAGUAACUAAACCCCCCAAGUAUGGACAUCUUCGGAUUGGCAAUGAACAGAUAACCAUGUUUCAACAAGCAGACAUAGACACAGGAAGACUGUCAUAUUAUAUGACAGACCCCACUGUCAUUAGAGAUACAAUGGAAUUCAUGGUGUUCACCUUGGACAGCAACCUAACAGGACAGGUUUUGAAUAUUACAGUACAGCCCUUUGUGCGAAUGGUUCAUGACUUGAACAUUUCAAAUUGUGUGGCCUACAAACUCAAAGCAAGUGACUUGAAUGCCACAGAAUUAGCAAAUCUAACAGACAGCAAUCCUGAAUUUGAAAUAAUUGUUUCCCCCCUUUAUGGAAGAGUGUUAAAGAGGCCAUUGAGGAGCGUUAAAGCUGAAAGAUCAGUUGUGUUCACUCAAAGUGACCUUGACAGAGGUGUUGUGUUUCUUGAAGCACAUGCCAAUAUGACAGGUGUUGAUAUGCUCAAUGAUUCCUUCACCUUUAUACUUCGAGCAAACAGUGUGCAGCCUGCUAUAGGUCAAUUUCAUUAUGCCAUAUUGCCACAUAAUCCUUCGUUACUCCAGAUGGUUACUUCCGAAGCGCCUCUUUUAACCAGCACAAAUAUUUUAAAGAGUUAUACCAUUACAAAAAAUGAACCUGAUGUCUUUCCAAGGAAAGACACAUAUACUGAAGCACCAGCACAAACUCAGCGGCACAACCAAAACCACUGGGUGCAUCUGAAAGACAGAGAAGCAAUGUAUAUUGAGGAAUCUGCAAGAGACAACUCUGUUUGGGCUGAGACCACAAUGAAAACAAGGGCCAGAACCACUAGGGAUCAGUCCCUGCCUAGCAAUAACUGGCUGUUCAUCGUUAUUCCUCUUGCAUCUGUAACUGCUUUAUUUAUUGUGGUUGCUGUUGCUGUUUGUAUCUUCCUAAUAUGUCACAAACCAAAGAAGGCCAAAUCUCUCAUGGCAGAAAAGUCACCGGCAGCUCUUAGUAGCCCAGGGUUUUCUUCUGAAAGGAGCCUAACUGUUCCUACAGUCACAGUGACACCCUUGUUAAAAGACACAAGCAAAGGAACAGCUUUUCCAUUCUCGGCCUUCAGGCAGGAGCAGCUUCAGCCAGUGUCUGUUACUCCAACUCCAGCCUCUCAAGCUACAGAAGGACUUCUGCAAAGCAGCUGGUCCAAACUUGACCCAGAAAUGAUCCAGCACUGUCGCACAACCAAUCCGACUUUGAAACGCAGUCAGUACUGGGUAUAGAGAAUGUGUAAGCAUUUGGCAACUCUUUAGGAAAUGCAUAUAUUUUGAGUGAAUGUAUCGCAUUCCCUAAUUCAAGAAUGGGCAGCUUUGGUGGUUCCUGGGGCCAGUUUUUUGCCUGCGGAAUCCUGAAGAUGGGAUAAGAGUCACAUAGACUGCCAAAAAAGGCCCCCAAAUGGGAGAAACAGAAGACAAACCCAAAAGUGGCCAGGAGUCAAUUUCUGCUUUUCGAAAAAUUAGGUAGUUUUUACAAUGUUAAACACUGGAGAGGGGGUGGUGCAAUCUAUUUAAAAGGCAAAUCGCUGUUCCUGGAAGCUUCUAGGUUAUACAGUUUAUGCAUACCGUUGGGGAUAGAAAGUUACCAUUAAGUUAUGUCAGAUUGUAUGGUUUGGGCGUUGUCCUAAAUUUAGUCAUAGAAUUGGUACAGCCACAGCCCUUACCAUUGACUGAUAACCCGAAAAGCCCAAACUGUGCAGUACAACAAAUCUUGAAACAAAUUUAGGCCUAUUUUAGCCUUUGUGCCCAAAUAGGACAUUUUGAUGUGAGUAGAGGGUGCAGAACAAUCAACAGUGGCCCCACACUAAUACCUCUAUACAUUUCAUCUUCGCUUUUCAUACUUGCCCUUUCUUUGUUGAGUGGGACAUCUAAAGAAGACUUUUAUUUACACGAAGAUUCUUGCCAGACUUACCUUUUUGGCCUGAAACUCCAAGAAUGUGUCUAGAGAGACAGUACUAAAGGGGUCAUGUUGACUAUGGCAUUCUGGGAACUACAGUUCCUAAAACCAACUUUUCCAAACUUUGGUUAUGUUCUGACUAACCCUAUACUAGAAUCAUAGAAUCAUAGAAUCAUAGAAUAGUAGAGUUGGAAGAGACCACAUGGGCCAUCUAGUCCAACCCCCUGCUAAGAAGCAGGAAAUCGCAUUCAAAGCACCACCGACAGAUGGCCAUCCAGCCUCUGCUUAAAAGCCUCCAAGGAAGGAGCCUCCACCACGGCCCCGGGGAGAGAGUUCCACUGUCGAACAGCUCUCACAGUGAGGAAGUUCUUCCUGAUGUUCAGGUGGAAUCUCCUUUCCUGUAGUUUGAAACCAUUGUUCCGUGUCCUAGUCUGCAGGGCAGCAGAAAACAAGCUUGCUCCCUCUUCCCUAUGACUUCCCUUCACAUAUUUGUACAUGGCUAUCAUGUCUCCUCUCAGCCUUCUCUUCUGAAGGCUAAACAUGCCCAGCUCUUUAAGCCGCUCCUCAUAGGGCUUGUUCUCCAGACCCUUAAUCAUUUUAGUCGCCCUCCUCUGGACGCUUUCCAGCUUGUCAACAUCUCCCUUCAACUGUGGUGCCCAAAAUUGGACACAGUAUUCCAGGUGUGGUCUGACCAAGGCAGAAUAGAGGGGGAGCAUAACUUCCCUGGAUCUAGAUGCUAUUCCCCUAUUGAUGCAGGCCAGAAUCCCAUUGGCUUUUUUAGCAGCCGCAUCACAUUGUUGGCUCAUGUUUAACUUGUUGUCCAUGAGGACUCCAAGGUCUUUUUCGCACACACUGCUGUCAAGCCAGGCGUCCCCCAUUCUGUAUCUUUGAUUUCCAUUUUUUCUACUAGUACUUGCUGCUUUGCAUACUGUGCCUUCUAUGUAUAUUUUAAGCUUAGAGAGUUCCAUGAAUAAUUAUGCAAUUUUUGACUCAAAACACUGUAUGUGUAGAAGCUUUUAUUACUUCUUCAAUGAACUGAGAGUGUAUGCACAUGUUUCUAUGCUAUAUAUAUAUAUAUAUAUAUAUAUAUAUAUAUAUAUCUUAAAAACAUAAUUAUAUCAGUAAUGUUACAUCAUAUCUCAAACUGUAAUUCUGCAUGCUUUCAAAAAGAUGAGGAUGUUUAUUUUCUCUGCAAAUAAUGGAGAAGUUGCUAAUCUCUACCAUGUCAUUUUGACCUUUGCACAGUUGGAAGACAAAAGCUAAAACAAACAAAGCUGUGAUUAUUUUGACAGCUAUUUGUCUAAGUCAAUGAGCAAGAAACCUAUUAUUCUCUUGAGCACUUGAAGUGGAUGCCAUAGGACAGUUGCUACUUUAAACAUUAAAGUUUCCCCCCCAUGUUUUUAUCACAAAGUGUAAGGCUUGAGCAUCAGGCAGAGUAUUGUUCUAAAAGAUAUGCUUCAACUCUCAUCCAUACAGCAAAGCUAUAUGGCUGCCGGCCAGUCUACAGCAAUAUCUUCAUGUUUGUGGUUUCGUCUAGAGAAACAUAUCUUCUUCAGUAGUGUCAAGUCAGGCCCAAAUUCUGCCCAGACAGCACAAAGAGAACUGAUUCAUUUGGAAGGCAGUAGGUUCAGCAGAAGGUCUGUGUAUCCAAGGAGAAAAAUGGCCCAGUCACAACAUUUCUUCAUCAUGUUUACUGAAACCAAAAAAAAUAAUUAAAAAAAAUCACACCAAACCCCGCAUCAAUGUGAAUAAACAACUAAUUACAUCUAUGAAAAAUCAGCAACUAGCCUAGCUACUAAUAUUCCAAGCAUCAUACAUAUUUACAAAUUUUCCUAGGAAGUGUAAAGGGAGUGGGGGAGAUUUAUUAGGGGUAUUCGGCUAUUUUCAGCUUGGUAAUUCAAAAGCUGAGUCAGCCUUAAAAUAACUAUUAAAAAAACCCAGAAGAACAGUCUGUGUAUGACUUCAUUCUACUUGGGUUGAAAUCGCACUGUUGCAUAUUUGCAAGUAUCUUUUCUAAAGAUUGUUCUGGGCAAUGUUUCUCUUCACAGUUCAGCUGAAGGAUCCAACUAUGUCCUUACUCUUGAGCAAUGUAUAUACAUACUUGCAUAUUUGCAUUAAGCUUUAAAAGGUACAGAAUCAUAUUUGUAUGUUUUCUAUUUUAGCUUACAAAUCUAUAUUGUUGUUGUGUGCCUUCAAGUCAUUUCUGACUUCUGACGGCCCCCAGGUAAUCCUGCCAUGGGAUAUUUUGGGGCUGAGAGUGUGUGACUCACUCAAUGUCACCCAGUAGGUUUGUAUGGCCAAGCAGGAAAUUGAACCCUAGUCUCCAGAGAUGCCAACAUUCAAACCACUAUAUCAUGCUGGUUCAAGAUAUCUAUAUACCAUUUACUAAAAGGAAAAUGGUGUACAAUUGCAAAAUGGUGAAUAAAAUUAUGAAUCAAAACUACAAUGUCAAAAAUAUCCAAAAUAAUCCAUUCCAAAUAAUGUCCUUUUCGUUUACACAGUUUAGUCAUUUAGUCAGUUGCACAGAGAUCUGUGUCUGAUAAAAUACCAGUACAUAUAGACAGGUAUGCUCUUUGAUGGUCAUCUGCUUAGUCAGAUACAAUUUUUAUUUCAAGAAGUAACCAUUUGACAAAUCAAAAGUUGCCUCAUGCUGGAUGGAUUGUGCCUCUCACUUUUAAACUUUUUUUAAUGGAUGUUAAAUAGCAUUUGCUUUAUAAAUACUACUGAAUUUACAGCACUGAAUUGUGAUUGCAGAAGUUUAAAAAAUAUUUUUGUACCAUGAAAAUAACGACUGCUAAAUAAUAUAUGGCAGGCAAAUCUGUAAUGUGGAAAUGCAAUCUGAUUUUAAAAUAUAAUGCCAAGUUGUUUUGUCUUUUUCAAAUAUUAUAUAUGCUUAAAAGUAGUCAUUUGAAGUAUUGUAUACUCUAUGUGUGCUAUUGAGAGUUGUCUACAUUUAUGCUGUUUGACUUUGUAUGAACAUGGGGUCAUCUUACCUUAAAUCAGUGGUUCUCAACCUGUGGUCCAUGGACCUCCAGUGGUCCCCAUGAACUAAAAUAUGGCCUCACCAUUACUACACCUUUGCAAUGAGAACAACUGGUCUCGCAAAACUCUUUUAUAGGUCUGAGGCAACAUGAAUGUUGGGAGGGGUGAGACUGACUACCCACAAAAGGCACAACAAGCCUCCUGACUGCUGCUUCUCCUCCUCCUCCCUCUGAGCAGAGCCAUUCCAUGUGGCACCUGGAAGCGGAGGCGCCUUGGUGUCUUCGUUUUUAGGACUGCUCCUGGUGUUAUUUGGGGUGCUGAUUCAGAAAACUGCAUUGGAUAAACCCCAUCAGCUCUAGAUUAUUAAAUAUGGUUUUCUGUGGGUGAGUAGAUGACGACUACCAGAUGGCAUAUGUUCUGUCUCAGCAACUAGAGCUGAUGGGGUCUAUCCAGUACGAUUGGAUAGUGCUUUGAAUGCGAUUUUCUGCUUCUUGGCAGGGGGUUGGACUGGAUAGCCCAUGAGGUCUCUUCCAACUCUAUUGUUCUAUGAUUCUAUGAUUUUCUGAAUCAGCACCCCAAAUAAGCAAAUCAAAUCUAAAGCCAACCAAAAACUGAUUUGCAACCCUUUUGGUACUAAUGUUGGAGCAUAGUCCCUGGUCAAAGUGGUCCCUGGUCAAAAAAAAAAAAGGUUGGGAACCACUGCCUUAAAUAGAUCAAGCAGGAAGGGGAUGUUUCUUUCUCUGUCAUACUUAUUAAACAUGCUUGAAAAUUAAUGCAACAUGUCUCCAUCAGGAAAUCAACCACACAACCCUACAGACAUUGGUGUCUAUAUUGUUUGGAGUUGUGAUCCAAAAUCAUUUGUAGGCCUUCAUAACUGUCAUGCAUAGGAUUGUGCAAAUAUUUUGUUUUGAAAGGGAUCAUGAGAGAGAAAUAAAAGAAGGCUAAGUCAGGA